AUGGGCAAUCAAUCAUAUUCUGAUGUGUUUCCUCAAACCCUUUAUCAUGAAGCUCGAGGCGAAGGUGAAACAGGAAUAGAAUGGGUUGCUUGGGUGAUUCGGAACAGGGCUGCAAAGAACCAAUCAUAUUGGGGUGGAAGCUCAAUUGACGAUGUAUGCCGACAUCCCGGUCAAUUCGAAUGUUGGGACGGUCGUCCAACUCCAAUUGAUGAACCCGACAAAUUGGAACAAUGCCAGCGGAUAGCACGUGAGGUAAUGUCGAAAGAUGCGAGCGCGGAUCCAACUGGCGGAGCAGAUCAUUACAAUAAUCCUGACAAAGAAGGCUAUCCAAGUUGGACAAAUAACUGUGACAGACUAGCAAAGGUUGAUAAUCUUUCGCCUACUAUUCGUAAAAUUUUUUCUAAAAAUCCAUUAUAUGCUCUUCAUUUUGGUAGUCAAUUAUCUCAAGAUAAAAAAUAUCUUGCUCAAUAA